AUGCGGCUUGGGCUGUGUGUGGUGGCCCUGGUUCUGAGCUGGACGCACCUCACCAUCAGCAGCCGGGGGAUCAAGGGGAAAAGGCAGAGGCGGAUCAGUGCCGAGGGGAGCCAGGCCUGUGCCAAAGGCUGUGAGCUCUGCUCUGAAGUCAACGGCUGCCUCAAGUGCUCACCCAAGCUGUUCAUUCUGCUGGAGAGGAACGACAUCCGCCAGGUGGGCGUCUGCUUGCCGUCCUGCCCACCUGGAUACUUCGACGCCCGCAACCCCGACAUGAACAAGUGCAUCAAAUGCAAGAUCGAGCAUUGUGAGGCCUGCUUCAGCCAUAACUUCUGCACCAAGUGUAAGGAGGGCUUGUACCUGCACAAGGGCCGCUGCUAUCCAGCCUGUCCCGAGGGCUCCUCAGCUGCCAAUGGCACCAUGGAGUGCAGUAGUCCUGCGCAAUGUGAAAUGAGCGAGUGGUCUCCGUGGGGGCCCUGCUCCAAGAAGAAGAAGCUCUGUGGUUUCCGGAGGGGCUCCGAGGAGCGGACACGCAGGGUGCUCCAUGCCCCUGGGGGGGACCAUGCUACCUGCUCUGACACCAAGGAGACCCGGAGGUGCACAGUGAGGAGGGUGCCGUGUCCUGACGGGCAGAAGAGGAGGAAGGGAGGCCAGGGCUGGCGGGAGAAUGCCAACAGGAACCUGGCCAGGAAGGACAGCAAGGAGGCAGGUGCUGGCUCUCGAAGACGCAAGGGGCAGCAACAGCAGCAGCAGCAAGGGACGGUGGGGCCGCUCACAUCUGCAGGGCCCGCCUAGGGACACUGUCCAGCCUCCAGGCCCAUGCAGAAAGAGUUCAGUGCUGCUCUGUGUGAUUGAAGCUUUCUUGAACUGGAACGUCGGGGGCAAAGCAUACACACACACUCCAAUCCAUCCAUGCAUACAUAGACACAAGACACACACACUCAAACCCCUGUCCACAUAUACAACCAUGCAUAACUUGCACACGUGGGUGUGCCUGUACGCACACAGACACAGACACCACACACACACACACACACACACACCUGAGGCCGCCAGAAGACACUUCCCUUCCUCGGGCCCAGCAGUACACACUUGGUUUCCGGAGCUCCCAGUGGACAUGUCAGAGACAACACUUGCCAGCAUCUGAGACCGAACUGCAGAGGGGAGCCUUCUGGAGAAGCUGCUGGGAUUGGACCAGCCACUGUGGCAGAUGGGAGCCAAGCUUGAGGACUGCUGGUGACUCCCAGCUGUGUGACUUUAUCGUUGGAGAGUAUUGUUACCCUUCCAUGAUACAUAUCAGGGCCAACCUGACUUUGAAAACUGCUUAAAUGUUUAUUUCAAAUUAAAACAAAAAAAUCAACGACAGCAGUAGACACAGGCACCACAUUCGUUUGCAGGGUGUGAGGGUUUGGCGAGGUAUGCGUGGGAGCAAGAAGGGACAGGGAAUUUCAAGAGACCCCAGAUAGCCUGCUCAGUAGAGCGUCAUGCAGAGAAGGAAGAAAACUUGGGGGCUGCUCUGAGGGUGGUAAACAGGCUGUCUAUAUCCUUGUU